AUGUCCAGCCCUGCUCCUCGUCCUUCCACAAGUCCUCUAGCGUCUAGACGGCUGGUCUCUGGCGUGUCGCCUUCUCACUCCCCAAGCCAGGCCCGGAAUCCUGUAUCUUUGCGUCUUUACAAGGUCCUCGGGGCUGGGUUCGAAGAUGAAGCAACUAAGGAAGCUCUGCGGACGGUGUCCGAGCUGUACGGCGCGUCCAAUGCUGCUGGAUCCAAGACUACGAAUGUAAAUGGCAAUGCAAAACCUAUAGCCGGCAGCUCUGAAGACUCGGAUGAACUGGAUUCAGACGAGGACGAGCGAAGCGAUACAGAUGAAGAUGAGAAGCUUUCGUUGGGCCCGUACCUAUCGCGUCAGGUCGUGGCGCCCACAGGAGCUGCUGCUCGUGCCAGGAAGAACCUAAGAAGAGACAUUGAUUUGAAACUGGCUAGCAGUAGCCGGAAGUUUCUGAAGGCAUUGGGUGAAGUAGACCAAAAACUGGAUGCAUUGCAAGAGCAUAUAACAUCUAUGCGCACUCAAUGCGAUGAAGCCCACGAGCAGUUGCAAACGACCAACGAAGCAUGUAAGUCGCUGCUCGACCAGGCUGGGAACUUGCGACAAGAGAGGGAUAUGAUAGCUACCCAGCAAACCAUUCUCAACCUCUUCCUGUCCCGGUUUACCCUAUCGUCAGAGGAAGUAACUGCUCUUACUUCCCGCGACGUCCCGCCUGGCAAGUUGUUCUUCACCUCUAUGGACAAGGCCACGAAAGUUCGAGAGGAUUGCAGGGUCCUCAUGGGUGUGGAUGGCCCCACUAAGGCAGGACUCGAUAUUAUUGCCGCUACAUUCGCCAAUCUGGAGCAGGCUUAUGAAAAGAUAUUCAGAUAUCUUGUGAGCGAGUUCCAGACGAUAGGGAGAGGCAACCGGGACCGCGAGAGAAGCGUGGAUCCUGACGCCAACUUAGAGGCAUCUCCGAUAUUGAAGGAAGCCGUGCGCAGACUUCGGAGUCGACCUGAAUUGCUUUCGGAAGCGUUGGGUGCGCUAUCACAAACUCGUCAGUCUACACUACUCGCCACUUUUCUGGACGCGCUCACUCGAGGCGGCCCAUCUGGUCUUCCAAGGCCGAUCGAGCUUCACGCGCACGACCCCUUGCGGUACAUCGGCGAUAUGCUAGCUUGGGUGCACCAAGCUAUAGCCGCCGAGCGUGAAUUUAUGGAGAGUCUAUUCGGCCUGGGAAGGGAAGGUGAAAGUAGCCGUAGGAUGAUAGGGAGUGUACGCAGGUUUGAGAAGGGGAAGAUGGGAGAGACAGAAGAGUGGAUAGGUGAAGUGGUAGACAGGAACGUUGGGAAGUUGUGCGGUCCGCUCAGAGUUCGAGUUCAACAGACAGUUAGAUCUCAAGAGAGGCCAAUCCUUGCGUUCAAAAUUGCGAACCUCCUCCACUUCUAUGCCUUGACCAUGCGACGGACCAUCGGCGAAGAUGCGGCUCUUUCGCAAGCUCUGGGAGAGUUGAGUGAAAUGUCUUACAAGGUCUUUUUCGACGCCAUAGAAGCUCAAGGACGAGCCUUAUUACGAGAUCUCGAUGAUUCCGCGCUCUCACCGCCAGCGACCGUGGAAGAACAUAUGCAGACACUACGCGAAAUAUUAUCUGUCUACGAAUCUUCUCGGCUUGAUGACCCAAGUGAUACGCAGCCUGAGGAGGACGGGAAAGCGGAGACAUCGGGAGGGCAGUCUCAUUUCGGCGUCGAGCGCAUUUUGGAAAUCAUGAUCAAUCCUGCGCUUGAGGUCUGCCUAACAGCAGCUGAGGACAAGAAGAGAAGCAGACCUACGUGGGAUAAAUCGGUCUUUGUAUUGAACUGUUUGACAUAUCUACAGGGUGUUUUAGAGCCAUAUCCGUUCGCUUCUGCGGAAAAGGAGCGUUUGGAUGCACUGGUGGAAGAAAGAGUGAAUGAUCUCGUCAACGAACAUUACCUCGAUAUUUUGCGAGAUGCUGGUCUGGAUUCUGCUGUAGCUGUCCUUGAGACCAAGGCCCCGGGAGACCCCCUUUCGCGCAUAGAAGCUACGCAACCGAACGAAUUGUCUCUGGCGUUGCAAAAGUUCUCAAACUGGCUCUCCGGGCUCGAGGUUGUGCACUCACCCAGGCUAUCCCGGCUGACGGUGCAGCGUUUGCAUUCGCGGAUUCACCAGGCGGCGCUGACUCGUGUGGCGAACGCGUAUCGAAAGCUGUGUGAAGAAGUCAGAAAACCCGAGAAUAAAUACGAGGCUGCUAGUACGCUGCUUGGGGGACAGCGGCCGUUUGGACAGAUUCAUUUGCUCAACCAAAUAUUCGGACUGGGGGACGAGGGAGAGUAG